GCUCCAGAAACCAACGGACAACAAACAGACUCGACCAAAAACCAACCACCAAAAUUCUUCCUCUUCCAUUUAGCUUAUCGUCAGCUUUCUCCCUUUGAAGGCAAAGUAAGAAGAAAUGUUAACAGUGCAUUAAUUACUAAUUAUAAAAUUAAUUAGUUUGAGAGGAAUGCAAGAGUAAAGAGAAGCCAACUUCAAGUCAAGUUUCGUUUUCGGCUAAACCACAAUCCCGACGACGAGUUUGGUCGACGCCGAAUCUUCAUAAUCAACUACACGCCAGCCCACGGCGCAAAAUGGCAUCCGAGUCCCCAGCAAUCACAGUACCAUUGGCAGCGGCAACGAGACCUUCCAAUCUACUUUUGACGCCAGACCCACUCCAAUCCCCUAGUUCGCCAAGCCCAACCGAAUCCCUUGAACAGCGCCACAUCUCCGACCUAUUUCGAGAACAUGGGUUACGACUUACUCCCGUUCUUCGUCAAGCGGUGUCUGAAGAACUGUCAAAGUUGGGAGUGGAAUAUGAAUGUGUGCCAAGUAGUAGUAAAGGUAACAAGGCUAGAAAGUCGCCACGACCCACUCAUCGUCGAGGGAGUGACAGCAUAACUGCAAAUGGACUUCAGAGAACAAUUGAAGUAAAGCUUCCCUCCUCCAACACCACCGUGACCAUUCCAUUCAUUGUGAAGCAUACGUGCGACUACAUCCGACAACAUAUCAAACAACAGGGAAUUUUCCGAAUUUCUGGUGUUGCAUCGAGAGCAAACAGUAUCAUGCAAAGAUUCACAAAUCCUGAGAUUGAGGAAUAUUUUACUUCUUGCGAUACCGUUCACGAUGUCGCCGUAGUGUUGAAGCAGUAUCUGCGACAGUUGGAGACGCCUUUGAUACCGUACAGUAUUCAGCAUGUGUUCAUUCAAUGUUUAGAGUUGCAGCCGGAAAGUGCUCGAACGUCGGCUCUUCUUCUUUCGAGUUGUCUCGUUCCGCAGGAAACUAUGGGCUGUCUGACUUAUAUUCUCCAAUUUCUUGCCGAAGUAGCAGAAUCUAGUGGAGAGAAUUUAAUGACAUUUGAGAAUCUUGGCAUUAUCAUGGGUCUCAAUAUUAUGCCCAUCGCCCAAGAUCCAAGAUCGGUGAAAAGUGACAAUAAUAAGAAUAGUGGGAAAGACGUUCACAAGACUGAGCGACACGUUUUGGAUUUGCACAACAAAGUCAUCGAGAACCUAAUCAAACAUGCAGAUAGAGUUGGUCGAAUAACAGAAGAGGUGGAACGAAGAAUGGAUUCUUUGCUAAGUAUUCGAAGCUCUGAAGAUGAACUAGAGAAUGAGGGGGUUGGCCGUCGGAAGAAACGGCGGAGUGGAUCCCUCAAUAGUAAGUCAAAUCGGAUGUUGGGAUUUCUGAAAAAGGUGACGAGUGGAAAGAGUGGAACGGAGACGCCGAUAACACCCAUGCCUCACACCCCUCGAGGUGAUUCCUUCUCCUACACUCCAGUCAUUAAAGCAAGUGCUAGGAAAAAUGAAGAUGGAGUUUUCUCUCUGCAAAAAAAGAAAAAUAUCUUUGACGGAACAGCUCGAAAAAGUAAAAACAAUGAAUUGUUCGGCACACCAAACACGCUGCCUAGCCAAAUCACUUGUCCGUCACCGGCAGUUUGUUUAGACCCGAGCCCAAUGAAGAUGGAUUGGAAAACGACUCCAAAUGGAAACAGGCUUAGGAACUUUGUGACUCCUGGGAUAUUGAGGAGAAGGGAUAAGAGCUCAGAUAACACGGAUAAAAAUAUCUUCUCGGCUCCCACCACCAUGAAGUCAUCCAAGCCUAGGAUUCGUUUCGGGCGGAGUAAACAUACCAAAAAACAAGAGACUCCUAAGCAAGAUCUAAGCCUUUUAAAAUCCAAACAAACUUCAGCUUCUACCAUAUCAAUUCACAAACUGGCAGCCUCCCCUCGAGCUGCCACACUUCAGAAAAAUGUAUCCUUGUCUAAAAUCCCACGUCCUGGUGGAGGUGAAAAGCCGGCAAUUCCGCCGAAACGUGUCAAUUUGUUAUCAUCAAGUAACAUUACGCAACUAAAAAAGCAGGGUUCAAAGGGUUCACUCAAUCUCGGAAAAAAGGAUGAAGGAGACUACGUGAUAAUUUCACCUAAAGCAGAAAUUGACGAUGCUGAUAUUAGAAAUGAGGCAUUUCUUGCCUCAUCUUCUGCGAUUUCAGUCGCCACCAACAACGAUUCAUCCAGCCAGGCAAUGACCGGAAACAAUGUCACGGUCGAAACUGAUAUCGAUACAACUGCCACCACGACCGAACUUACAAAGGAAAGUGACGACCCAAUAAGUCACGAUUCUUCUUCAUCCACACUUCAACCACCUCCGAUGGACAUGAUGGGAAAACUUAAACUAACUCCACUCAUUCAAGAAAUUGACCAGUUGACUCGAACGGCUGGGGACCUUACGCUUUCUACCCUGAAGGGUAGAAAAUCAGCCUCGAGUAUUCGACGUACUCGAUCACGUGGUCACACGUUACCCGAAUCACCCACUGAACUGGAAACCACUCCACUUGCUGCAGAUCAAGUCGAAUCAAAGUUUAUCAAGACGCUGAAAGAGUCAAAAAUUAUUCAGAUUCAAGCAGAGAAAAUAAACCAAACUGGAAUGCAGUUGCAACGGCGACUCACAAUUCAAGAACGUGGUUUAAACAAGGUGAACAUGUCCCCAUCCCAGCGAAGGAUUGCAGCGAGUGCAAAGAGAAGACGGUCCCAUGAAAUCGGGCGUGUUACACCAAUUAUUACUCCAACAAGGUUUUUAUCACUUCGCAGCCCAAAUGCCUCGCCUGCUGCUGCUAGUACUACUACUUCUACGCUACGACGAUCCCCCAACCGUUGCACCUUGAAACGAGGGCGGCCCAAUACGGCACGCGUUGGAUUGGCCAGACCAAGCCCAACUCGAAACACGCCACGGUCCGUUCUAACACCACCCAUCACGCGAUCACCCAAGAAAAAAGUUAUACCUUCAGCAGAUAAUAACAAUCCUAUGAAAAUGGAGGACAAUGGGGAAGGUUCCCCCACAUCAACUUCGCCACCACCGCUCCCUCCUCGCAAAGACUCCACCACUGCUCAUAAUUCUGACACUCCCAUGAGACGAAUGUCGUCCGUCCAGGAACUAGUGAACAAGUUGGAAAAAAAUCGGAAGAGUAAGUUGGCCGUUGUACCGCCAACGGCAGGAACGUCAGAAAACGUAGAAUCAGACCUCCUUGAAAAUGUUGAACUUGUUCUGCCCUCCCAUCAACAAAUACAGCCAGAAACAGACGUGAUAAGUUCACCAAUUCAUUGCUCCACUACCCCACAAAUCGUCGUGACACGUAGCAAGGCUCGAGAUGAGUUACGAUCGGCUCAAGAAACACCACAGACUCCGUUCCUAUUUUCUCUCGCCCCCUCCAUGGAAAACGACGUGGAUCCGGAAAUGAAUUGGGUGUCUGGUCACAAGUUUAAAUUCGACAGGAAGGAUUUUCACAACCUAAAAAAAUCUUCCGAUCGUGAUUCUAUCCAUUUCUUAAAAACUCUUCGUGCGGGAAAGGUUCCGGCAACGGUGGAAUAUUUCAAUCAAAUUGGGCAUAACAAAUCUCCCACAAAAUCAUUAAUUCCUCGCUACACGGGGCUCCAAACUCAAGGGACAGCAAAAUAUCUUGCUGGUGAAACCCACCUUAUCACCACUCCUGAAAUGAAGAGUAGCAAUGAAGACACUCCACCAGUUACAACUCCCAGUCGUAUUGCUCGUCGAAUGUCGUCCGUUGACAUUGAUAUCCGCAAUCGCAAUAGAAAAGAAGAACUCUUGGAUCAAAUCAAGAAGGAAAAUGCAGCAGUAAGGCGAUCCAACACAACGACCGGCACAGGUGCUCGAGGAGGUAGAAAUCUUCGCCCAAUCGAACGAGGUAUAACAACUAACGACACUACUGCUGCCGCCGUUCCACGAACUUCAAGUUUCAAACGUCCUAAUACCCUCGAUUUAAAGUCACCCCUCACAGCAACUUGUACUGCUGCUGCCACGUCGUCCACUACUGUGAUUAAACCAAUUUCCCGUGCUGCAAGCCUUCGUCGGCCUCAAACUCAAACUCCACGAAUCGUCGAGGAAGACGAAAGCUUGAUCAUCUCUGUGAAUCUGGCCAUCGAAAACUUACUCCAUCCCAGAAAUGAGAACUGUGAUAGUGUUAAAAAGUCUGGAAGAGGUGGAAAUCAAGGAUCCGCAUCGAAACCAUCCCCAUUAAAGAGUAGCAACCUUGCCAAUUCUACCACCCUAUCGAGAAAUAACUCUAGCAAUAGGAAAAACUCACCUUCUCUCAAAACAUCGCCCCCUCUGAGAGGCAUCAACUCUCGUCGACGUAAUGUGACCAUCACUCGCACAGCUUCAGAAACUGGGACAAAGUCCACCACAACUACACCCAGAUCCACCCCGAAAAUUAAGAAGGCACUCACAACUCGAGCUUAUGACAUGAUGAUGAUGUCUGGUGGCGCAGUAAGCAGCCCUGCCAUCCCGAUGAGACGGUCUACGCGAACCCCCAAUUCUGCUUCUACUAAUAUUAAUACUGCUACUAAAGGUACUUCUAAUGGGAAUUCUACUGACUUUCACUCGCAUGCUCAUGCUUGCAACACCAUCACGCCACGAAGGAGGGUUCCACGAAUGGGGAAUGGUGCCGUUGCCUCCUCCUCUACACCUCACCAACUACCCAUCAACAACUUUGAUGGAAAUGUUGCCAAUAGCUCAACAAAGUCCAAGCUUCGUACUCCUCUCAGGGCGACCCACUUGUAUACUACUCCUUCUCACUAACUAUGUAUAACUCACUUAUCAGGAGUACGGAAGACUUUUGUUAAUUGAUUUUGCACUUGAAAGUGAACUGCACUUUAUUUUACAGUUUUGGUACAACAAUUUUUCCUUUUUACUACUACAACAGUCUCCCCACUAGGGAUAUGAUACUUUCUUAUUAUUAUUACAGAGAGGCAUAUAUAAUGAUUUCCAAUAUCUUUAUCCGAAUAGAAAUAAUUCUGAUGCAUACAAAUACUUAUAAUGUAGAAAACCCAACUGUGAAUAUAUUUAAAUACGAUUUAAAUAAUAAAAAAGGAACAAUAUUGGUUCAACAGUUUUAACGGAA